UUUCCGGGAAGGACCGCGGAGGGGGUGCGGUUCCGGGUGGAGGCGGGUGGUGGCGGCAGGCGGCAGGCGGCGGGUGACGGUCGCGGAGCCUGCCCUCCGCGGCGUCCCCGUCUGCACCCAGGGCUCGGCGCAGCCAUGGAGAGCGGGGGGCGGCCCUCUCUAGGCCAGUUCAUCCUCCUAGGCACCAGCUCUGUCGUCACCGCCGUCCUGUACUCCGUGUACCGGCAGAAGGCCCAGGUUGCCCAAGAGCUCAAGGGAGCUAAAAGAAUCCACUUGGGUGAAGACCUAAAGAGUAUUCUUUCAGAAGCUCCAGGAAAAUGUGUGCCUUAUGCUGUUAUCGAAGGAGCUGUUCGAUCUGUUAAAGAAACACUUAACAGCCAGUUUGUAGAAAAUUGCAAGGGGGUGAUUCAGCGGCUGACGCUUCAGGAGCACAAGAUGGUGUGGAAUCGGACAACCCACCUUUGGAAUGACUGUUCCAAGAUCAUUCACCAAAGGACCAACACGGUGCCCUUUGACCUGGUGCCGCACGAGGACGGCGUGGACGUGGCUGUGCGGGUGCUGAAGCCCCUGGACUCGCUGGAUCUGGGCCUGGAGACCGUGUAUGAGAAGUUCCACCCCUCCAUCCAGUCCUUCACGGACGUGAUCGGCCACUACAUCAGCGGAGAGCGGCCCAAAGGCAUCCAGGAGACGGAGGAGAUGCUGAAGGUGGGGGCCACCCUCACGGGGGUGGGCGAGCUGGUCCUGGACAACAACGCCGUCCGCCUGCAGCCCCCCAAGCAGGGCAUGCAGUACUAUCUGAGCAGCCAGGACUUCGACAGCCUGCUGCAGAGGCAGGAGUCGAGUGUCAGGCUCUGGAAGGUUCUGAUGCUGGUGUUUGGCUUUGCCACGUGCGCCACCCUCUUCUUCAUCCUCCGGAAGCAGUAUCUGCAGCGGCAGGAGCGACUGCGCCUCAAGCAGCUGGAGGAGGAGUUCCGCGAGCACGAGGCGCGGCUGCUGAGCGGCGCGCAGCCCGAGGACCGGGAGAGCCUCAAGAGCGCCUGCGUCGUGUGCCUGAGCAACUUCCGCUCUUGCGUCUUCCUGGAGUGCGGGCAUGUAUGCUCUUGCGCCGAGUGCUACCGCGCCCUGCCGGAGCCCAAGAGGUGCCCCAUCUGCCGCCAGGCGAUCACCCGCGUGAUCCCCCUGUACAACAGCUAAGGGCCUUGAAGCCCCGCGGGGACGCCUGGAAGGGUCCCUCCCCCACCCCCCAGGCCUUUAGCGGCGGGCGCGGUGGGGGGCAGCCGGCACCUCACAGCCCCUCCGCAGAAGGCUGCCUUUCCUGCCUGCUCGGGACCUUUUCCAGCCUCGAAGCACAGGCUCAGCCCCCCUUGGGGCAGGUGGGGGUGCGUGUGGCUGAGAUCACCACAUCGCUCAAGUGCCAAAGCGGGGGGCCUCCAGCUCUUUUCUUCUGGUGUCUUCUCGUCCUUUCCGGGCAAGUGUCAACAUUCCCGUGGACUUGAGCCUUGAGUGACUCGGCCAGGGGCAGGCAGAGCUGUCUUGCGGAGCUGCCCCCAUGGUGACUGUCACAGGCUUCCUCCUCCUUGCUUACACCCCAGGGAAAAGUUGUCGGGCUGGACACCCCACUCCAGUCCCCUUCCCCUCCCCUGCCUGCCCCCUAAGCGUGUGCGCGCGUGUGCCAGGAAGCAGGAAAUGAAGUCCUGCGUCUGCCCUCCGCCUGCGGGGCGAGCUCUGGUCAGCAGGAUGGAGCGGUCCUUUGCAGGGGCACGUGGCACGGUGCUCGUUCAGCCAUCCCCUGUGGCGGCGAAGAGGGGCAGCUUAGCUGCGUCCCUCCUGGCGUCUCCACGGACCUGGAGGGAGGGCCCUCAGGGACCGUGUCCUGUGCUGACCUGGAACAACCGUGGCCUGAGGGCGGCUGGCUCUGGUUUUCCCAGCCUGAGAUGAGCCUCGCCCCCAAAGGAAGCAAUAAGGUCGCUGCUGUCCUGCCUCGUGGCUUUCCCAGCUUCUCCCCCAGGCUCGCACCAAGGAAAAGUCGCAGCCAGCAUCCGGAUGCUGGAGCCUUUUCCAGACUCUCCCCACCCACGUCCGCGGGCGUAAUCACAUCGCUCUUCUCCCAUUAUCCGUCACCCCUCACCCAUCCAGCUGGCGAUGGUCAGUGUAGAGAAGUGGGGCGCCUCACCGCUUCCGAGAAGUCCGAAGUUGGGCUCGGCACUCUCUUCUCUCCCUUCCCCCGCUUUGAAUACCUGUGCCCCGUUCUUUGUGCUGGGGCAGUGGGAUUGCUCUCAGGGGGCUGACGCCCGUUCUGUGCAGUGUUCAGAGUGACAGCACAAAUGAAACACGUUAUAACCAA